AUGCGGGUGCAUCUGUCCUCAGACGAAGUUAACGUGCUCCUGCAUCGUUACUUGUUAGAGAAUGGGUAUGUGCAUUCCGCCUUUGCAUUUCAGUCGGAGGCUGCAAUGCACAAGAAUCCUUUCUGGAUAUCUCAUCAAGACAAGGUGCCCCCUAACGCCCUUGUUUCCUUCUUGCAGAAGGCACUUCUUUUCAUCUAUCUGGAGUAUCACACAGAUGGAGAAACGGGUGACGGCAUUCUGUGCGAAGAACCCUUUAGUCUUUUUAGGAAGCACGAAUGCUGGUUUAGAGAGGAGGCUCACACAGACGCCGCUGCUGCUGCUGCUCGGUUGGGGAGCAAGGCAGCCCAGCUGCCGCUGCCAGCGGUGUGUGUAGCCUGGGAAGGAGGGGCGGCUGAGGGGGACGAGUCGGUGUUGCUGCAAGAGGGCCCCGAUGACGCAUCGGGGGAUCGGAGUGCUGCCGGAAUGGAUCCGCAUGCAGCAGCUGCCGCGACAGCGGCGGGAGACUGCGCAGGCAGCAGCGGCGGAGGAGGUCAAGACGCAUCGGAGGCAGCGUUGAAGGAGGAAGAAGAAGCGGUAAGCACCGAGACUUCGGCAGCAACUGCAGCAGCAGCAGCUUCGCCGGAAGACGAGGAUACGAUCUUCGUGGGGCCCCCUCAGCACGCAAUAGAGGAUCGCGUGGCGUUGAAAGACUGGCUGCGACUCGUAGAGCAUUCGGAUGUUGGCGAGGCGGGUGCUCUCAGCGAAUGGAGUCCAGCGGAUCCUGAGCUUAUUGUGACCAACUUCGCAGUCGGCCCCCCUCGCCUGUACCGCGUUCCUCUGUCUUUUGAGGGGCACUCCUUGGUGGCGCCUCAUAGAGAGCUCUUGGGGCCCCCCAUCGCCUCUGGAGCCGUCAACCCAGGAUCGUCUGCUCACUGGAGACCGGACGGUCGUCUCCUCGCAACGGGCUAUGAGUCUGGCCAUGUCAGUGUUUGGAGCCAAGACGGAGCGCUGCUGGCUUCGCUGCGGGCGAGCGAAACUUCCGUCAUAUGCUUGGGAUUUUCUGUUUCUGGCACGCGACUUGCCGCUGCCUGUGCCGACGGGCAGGUCGUUGUGUGGAGUGUUUGUCCUCCACCGACGCGUGCGAGCGCUUCCGGCUCUUCUGCCCCAAUCAAAGCCAGCAGUGCCGCCAAUUCAGACGUUGCAGAAGCCAGUCUGGCUUGGGGAGACGGCUGCGAAGGGGAAGGGCAGCACCAGCAACAGAAAGGGGAACGCUGGACCUUCCAGCCGUGUCUCUCCUACACUCACACAAGCGGAGUAAUCGAUUUGGAUUGGAGCGGCGAUCGUCUCCUCGCUUCUGGCGCGAUUGACGGCGCUGUGAUAGUCGUUGAUGUAGAAGACGGCACAGAAAUACGGGUGCCCCGAGGCUUGGGCGCAGCAGCAGCAGCAGCAUCCUUCAAGUGCGAUGCGGACGAGACGGCAGCGGCUGCCGCGGCUCCGUCUUGCGGUGCUGUUGCUGAGGUUACUUCCGGUUCUGCCUCUGCUGCUGCUGCAACGGAGAAGCAGGAGCUGGCUGGAGAGGACGUGGCAGCAAAGGAGUCCGCGUCAGCAGCAGCAGAAGUUGCCACUCUGCGCUGGAACGCGGCAGGAAAACUCCUCGCCAUCGUAGACUCCUCCUCUGUCGUCGAGGUUAGCUAAGAAGCUGACUGCACCAGCCACGCUUGCAACGAUCCCCUUAAUCAUUCCCCCGCUUCUCUUGCUGAUGGUCCUGCUGUGUGGGACCUGAGUCGCCCUGAAUGCCAGCCAGUAGCGUUGCGAGCUCACAGCGAGGCGAUCAUAAAGGCGGACUGGCGCAAUGGGGGUCCACACGACGACCUUGAGCUUCUAUUGACCGUGGCGAUGGAUCGGCAGCUGUUGCUGUGGAGCACGCGGCAGCUCGAGGCUCCAAUGAAGCGCCUUGUCUACGACCACCCGCCGACUAGCCUGCGAGUCAGCCGAGACGGAAGCCGUGUGGCUGUGGGAACGUACGACUCGGUCCUUCGUGUGUAUGCACUGCCCUCCCUCGAGUGUAUUGCGAGCUAUGUUGACCUCCAGAUGGUCAUCCCACACAUCACUUGGAGGAGCACACACGACUGCCUAGCGUACAAUGUCUUCCAGAUGGGCAAGACUGUUGUCCUUAAGCCGCCAACGGACGCGCCGGAGCCGCAGAGAGGCGUUAAAUGGAGAGCAAAGGCAGCAAAUGUAAGAGUUGCUACAAGUAAAUUUGAGCGUGGAGAACAGCUAACCAAUGAUAUGCAGCAGCUUGUUCAAGCAAUACCCGUGGAUGAAUGUAACUAUUUGGGCAUAGCAUGCGCUAAAGAAGGGUAA